UAUGCUCACCAUCGAACACCUGAACCUUGCACCACCUCUCGUUGAGGCGGGUCAAUCAGAAGAACUUGAAAAGUCGGGACAGACGCUUGCGGCUACACUCUCACCAGCCGAUAACGCUUUUGCGGUUUUCGUUCAGAACGCGGCCCUUCCCACCGCGGAUCAAAGACAUGCUGUGGAUGAGGACCAGCCGAUUUACUUUGCCGGACGAAACACUGUUCCUUCUUCCGAAAGGCGUUUGUUCCUAACAGAUACUUCAAUCGUUUUUGCUGCUCUUCAAAACCUUUUGAAGGAUGCCGCUAGUCGAGGCCCUGACUGGGCCCAGAGCGAAGAAUACUACACGGUAAUACGAAAACUCGCUGUCGACUACGUCGUCCAUGUCCAAGAAUGCUGGAGACACGCUUCGACCUCAAUAGCACCAGAAGAAGGCCCGCUACAGUUCAGUAGCGAUCAUUAUCGCAGCCUGUUCACUUCCCUCUCACUAUUUGUGAUUCUGUAUUUGCCCGAAUUUGGUUAUGACCAAGCACCUGUGGCAGACGAGUUAAUGGAGUGGCUGAACACUCAUUUUAUCGAACCAUCGACUGAGGAAGGAGACUAUUUGAGUACGCUGGACCGCCCUUGGGAGGAUGAAGCCUUUUGGCCGUACUUGACAAGAGCUGUCUUACGGGGACUCUCGAAGGCUUCGCUCUUUUUCCUGGGGGUUCUAGAUCAACAUCCAUCGACCAAACUCCAACGAAUCACAAGUACCCUCGUUCCUCUUAUCGAAUCACAACCUCGGCUUGUGAGCUUCUCAUCCGAACGAGAUUUUGCGUAUUCUCUCCGGCGAUGGGGUGACAAAGUGAAGGCACUCAGAAUAGAGAUGGAUAAAGUUCCUGAAGAAGACCGGUUUGAUGAGUUCGACAAUUGGUGGGACAAACUCAGUAGUAUUGUUGGCAUCCUGGAGGGCAGGCCCGAUGUGAUUCAGCGGGUGUGUGAAGAUUUGGGAGCGGAUUGGAAGGAAGCCUGCGUAGCCUGGGCGGUCUUUGUAGACCCCAGAAUGAGACGACAGGAGCUGCGAGACGUGGUUUCGCAAGUGAUCGCCGAAAUGCCCCCAGAUCCCACCGAUUCGGAAGACAUGAUACAUGCUGCUCUUUUUUCGGGCCAAGCGGCGGAGGCCUUGCAGCAUGCCUCUAGCCUGGAUCCCUGGCUAUCUGGUCACCUGGUAGAUUUCAUGGAGAUCUUGCAGCUGAUUGAGCAAGAUGGAGACGAAGGAUCAGGAGUCUCACUGCGUGACCACCACGUCUUGGCGUACGCGGAUUAUCUCCAUUCAGACCCAGCUUUGUGGCGCAUAACUGUCGACUACAUGUAUUCUUGCGAACACAUUGGGAAAUGCCGAGCUGACGAAGUCUUACUUCGUGUGCCACUUCGGCUGCACGAGCAAAAUUCAGACAUCCGAGUGGAUAGUAGGAUUCGGGCGGGCGAUGUUGUCGGAGUUCUGAAAGAUGUAAACAAGACCUGCUUCCAGUAUCAACGCGAGAACGUGCGACGCACUGUUUGCAGGAUUGCUGCUCAAACAUUGGUUGAAGAUAAGGACUAUGGACUAGCCGUCUCGUACUGCAUAUCAGCCGAGGAUUGGAGGGGUUUGGGCCGCGUCGUGGAUAGUGUUCUGGAUGAAUAUAUUACCAGCGGCCCAUCAAAUUUCACCAAGUAUGCGUUAGCAAUCGCACCCUCUGUGCAAGAACUGGGGUCUCAAUCGACUGUCCAGGGUGUCUUCGUGCACCGUCUGGUAUUCGUUGUCAGAUAUGCUCGGUUCCAUGAGCUGCUAGAAAAGCAAGAAUACCGAGAUGCGGCAGACGAUCUUAUUGCCAUCUUCGUCGGGGACGUGGCACCAACUGCUUGGUGGGCUGUUGUGCUGUGUGACGCGAUACCACUCUUGGGAUACGCACCCGAGCUGUUAUUCUCGUCUUCAUCGACUUCUCUCUUAUUGCAGAGACUCGAAGAAAUCUUCGUGCGGGCAUCUCAAGGGGCAGGUGAUGAUUAUCUCUCGGUGUUAAUACGUGUUAUGGCAGCCCGAAGCGAAAAAGAAGUCCUCGAGCGACUGAAAACUGUGCGGCUGGCUCUAGCACAUUACUUUGCAAGGUCACUGGUGUUGGGCGUGGGUCUCCUACACUGCAUCAUGUCGGAGCAACGAAGUCCAACCGUAUGUCGUCAGCUAGCGUGUGUGGCAGGGGUCUUGGGGCGAAUGGUCCUUUCCUUCCUUUUGCCAUA